UUUGGGAAAUCAGGACUGCAGGAUAUGUCUUUCUCUGAAUGCCUGAAUCAUGGGAAAGCUUGAUGAACUGAGGCACGUGUUUCUCUGAACACAGUUCCUCAUGAAGGACGAGGGCAGAGAGAACGUGUGAGAGAAAGGUGAGAGGUGGAACAGAUGGAAAGAGGUGCUGUGUGUUCUUAUGAGGGCAGGGAACUUGUCUACCUCCCCCUGAAGACAUAGAUUCACACACACAGAAUAACAACCAGUCAUUCUUGCAGGUGGUCUACUGUGGUGUGAAGCGACUUUGGGAAUACUGUCGACUUCUUCUUUUGGUGUGAGUUUGGCCAUAGCAGAAGACAUGGCUUAUUAUGAGAGUGUAAUGUGUGUGGGUUGGAACCUGUAAUAGAGGAUGAAGAAAUAGCAGCACUUCCCCUGUUUAGACACAAUAUUGUUCGAAUUUUCUUUGUUUGCCGUUGAUAUGGAUUGAGCUUGAACGUACCGAGGAUUUGUUCCACUUGGUGGAAGAGUGAUGCGAAUUCCAUCAGUGUCCCGGUUUCUCAUCUUCUCCAAAACGAAUCCCAGAAUAAAAUCCCACAUGGAUGGUGUGCAUCAUCAGCAAUGCAUGACCCCAUCAAGCCUGUUUUGAUCAAGCUCGAUUUCCCUCAUCAGAGAGCACAUUUCCAAUUCUUCCCAUGGGGAAACCCCUCCUGGUCUCCACAACCCCCCAUUCCAGGCACUGAAAAGCUCCAGGGUCAGAUUUCCCCCACCCAAAGAGUGUCAUCAUCUCCAGAGCUGAUGAGGCUCAUUGGAAAUCUUUAAAGGGCAUUUCUGCUUGGCGGCUUAGAACCGAGAGUGUGGGGCGCCUUUGUUAGUGAGUUUAUUUCAACCAGGGAUCCUGUUUACUAGAAAUGUGGGGGCACUGCGUGGGAUGAUAAUUGAAGCCAGCAUGGUUUGGGGUUCCGUUCUACCUGCAGUGUGUGUGUGUGUGUGUGUGUGUGUGUGUGUGUGUGUGUGUGUGUGUGUGUGAGUGAUGCUGGAGAGAUUUCAGAAUUCUGAUUAAGUGCUGUGUGUUUACAGAAGCGCACCAGAGAACUACGAUCCAGCCUUCUGAGGUAGAAACAGUUCAGCUUUCUGGAACAUCUACCUUGACUAAAAUGACUUUUUUGUUUGUUUGUUUGUUUUUUUCUCAUUGAGCUGUUGGAAGUGGGAUUAUGCUGAUCGGCAUGCAAAUCCUGUCAUUGGUGGUGUCAUCACCAUCAUCUAACACAUAGACUCAUAGACAAGCUCGUUUUUCUUUUCACCCAUCGUUUAUUCUAAUCCUGAAAUGUAUGUUAAUGCAGCCUUGGGUUUCUUCCUCCCACCAUUUGCUGCUCCACUUUGUAGCUUAAUGCUUGCUCUUUCUCUCUCUCUCUCUCUCUCUCUCUCUCUCUUUCUCUUUUCUCACAUAGCCUCUCUCUCUCAUUAUACUUUUUAUCUCACGCACUUUCCGUCUCACACUAGCUCUCCGUCUCCCGAAAAUCUUUUUCUCUCACCCCCCCACACUUGUUUUUUUUUUUUUCUCACACACUCGCUCUGACUCUCCCUUAUGCAGCUCAGCUUAGAGGCAUCCCGUUUCAGUUCUCCAGCUUCCAUAGUGAGAGAGAGAGAGAGCGAGAGAGAGAGAAAGAAGGAGGGAGAGGAGAAAGAGGAGGGGGAUAUAUAAGAAUGGUAGGUGGGAGUGGGGUCUGACCGCAAAGUGUCUACUGUUUAAGAGAAAGGGACUUCUCCCUCCCUCUCUCUCUUUCACUGGCUCCCUCUCUCCGGCUGCAGCGCCAGCAGGCUCCCUGCCUCCGUGGAUCACUACUGCUGAGAGGGGAAAAAAAGAGAGAGAGAGAGAGAGAAAUGGCACAACUUGCAUCUCUCUAGGGAAAACAAGACAGCACACAGAAAAAAGUCACAAAAAGAAGCUUUGCAGAGAUUUUAAGUUUUUUUUUUUUUUUUUAAAAAAGAGUGCCACAUAGUAGAUAAAGAAGAGCACAUUAUUUCAGACACUAAGUUCUAAAGCUCCAUCUAAAACUGAAAAGUACCUUCUUCUACACUACUCUUGGCUUAAUCAAACGUCAGAGUGAGUGUGUCAUCAUGGGGAUGCGAGGCCUGCUUCUGGCCUAUGUCUCUAUGGCCAUUCUGUUGGAUCUCUCCAUGGCUGGCCUGCUGAGGAAAAUGAUCAGGCACAGACGAGAGUCACUAAUGCCACCCAAAUCCGAGAACAUGACCCUCCCUAAUCCAGACCAACCAGUGGUCUUCAACCAUGUAUACAACAUCAAUGUCCCAACUGGAUCCUUGUGCUCUGUUGACCUGGAUUCACCUGGAGGAUCAGAAAUGAAGCCCAAGUCUGUCCCCUCCGAGCAGCACAUUGAGCACACUGUGGAUGGUGAAAACCAGAUAGUCUUUACGCACAGAAUUAACAUACCCAAGCAGGCUUGUGGGUGUGAUAGCCACAUGCCAGACCUUAAAGAUCUCCUAAAUAGGCUGGAGAUGCUGGAGGCUGAAGUGUCUAGUCUGAGGGAGCAGUGUACCAGUGGGAAUGGCUGCUGUGGAGCUCAAGUUACUGGUGAGAUCACUACCAAGCCAUAUUGCAAUGGCCAUGGCAACUACAGUAUUGAAACCUGUAACUGUGUGUGUGAGCCUGGCUGGAAAGGGCCCAACUGCUCAGAGACAGAAUGCCCUAGUUCCUGCCAAGAUCAAGGCCGCUGUGUGGAUGGGAAGUGCGUCUGUUUUGAGGGCUUUGGGGGAGAGGACUGUGGAAUUGAGCUGUGUCCUGUGGAUUGUGGUGAAUAUGGCCAGUGCAUUGAUGGGUCUUGCAUGUGUGCAGAAGGUUACAUGGGUGAGGACUGCUCCAUGACCAAUUGCCUCAACAAUUGCCUGGGUAGGGGACGCUGUGUGGACGGUGAGUGCUUGUGCAAUGAGCCAUGGACUGGCUUUGACUGCUCAGAGCUUAUAUGUCCCAAUGACUGCUUUGACCGUGGCCGUUGCAUCAACGGGACCUGCUACUGUGAUGAGGGCUUCAUUGGGGAGGAUUGUGGUGAGCUCACCUGCCCAGAUAACUGUAACAAUAGAGGCCUCUGUGUUAGUGGUCAGUGUAUCUGCAAUUUCGGCUAUAGCGGAGAAGACUGCUCCAAGCUUACAUGUCCAAAUGACUGCAGUGAGAGAGGCCACUGCUACAAUGGAAGAUGUAUCUGUGAUCCUGGCUUCCAAGGUGAGGACUGUAGCAGCCUCUCCUGCCCUGACAAUUGCAAUGACAGGGGUAAAUGUGUAAAUGGGGAAUGUAUAUGUGAACCUGGAUACCAAGGUAAUGAUUGUUCUGAGCUUUCCUGUCCCAAUGAUUGUCACAACCAUGGACGCUGCAUUGAUGGAAAGUGCAUUUGCCAACAAGGAUUUGCCGGAGAGGACUGUAGCAUCAAGACUUGCCCCAGUGACUGUCAUGACCAUGGUGAAUGUGUAGAUGGCAACUGUGUCUGCCAUGUUGGCUUCAUAGGCAAAGACUGCAGUGAGUUGACAUGUCUUAACAAUUGUCACAACCAUGGACACUGUGUGAAUGGUCAGUGUGUGUGCAGCGAAGGAUUUACUGGUGAGGACUGCAGUGAAAAAACGUGUCCCAACAACUGCCUAGAUCGUGGGUUUUGUGACAAUGGACAGUGUAUCUGCUAUGAGAGUUACACUGGUGUCGACUGCUCAGAGAUGACCUGCCCAGGAAACUGCAAUGACCAAGGCCACUGCUUGAAUGGCAUGUGUAUCUGUGAUUUGGGAUUCACUGGGGAAGACUGCUCUGAAAGUAAGUCAGUUUAUGAUUUUAUUUUUUUACAAAUUCAACCUUACAGUGAAUGCUUAGUCCAGCAGCGUGUCAUUAUGUCUUCUCCGUUCACAGUCUCUCCACCAAGGGACCUGGUUGUGACUGAAGUCACCCCAGAGACAGUGGAUCUGACCUGGGUCAAUGAGGUACAGGUGACAGAGUACCUAAUCACCUACAUGCCAACUGCUCCUGGUGGUCUGGAGUUAGAUAUGCGAGUACCUGGUGAAAAAAGGUCUGCUACUAUUAGGGAGCUGGAGCCUGGUGUGGAAUACUUAAUCAGUGUCUAUGCUGUUCUAAAUAACAAGAUGAGCAUUCCUGUGAGUGCCAGAGUGGCAACACAUCUUCCGGAGCCAGAAGGCCUUAAGUUUAAAGCCGUGAGAGAGACAUCAGUGGAAGUUCAGUGGGAUCCUCUUAAUGUCCCCUUUGAUGGUUGGAACCUCAUCUUCAGAAAUACAAAAGAGGAAAAUGGGGAGAUUUUGAAUUCAUUGUCACCACCCGAGAAUACCUUUGAACAAUCUGGCCUGGGCCCUGGACAGGAAUACGAGGUUAAACUUGAGGUGUUAAAGAACAACACUCGCGGACCUCCAGCAAGCAAGAAUGUGGUUACAAUGAUCGAUGCUCCUAGCCAGGUGGAUGUUCGGGAUGUAACAGACAGUACUGCUCUGAUCACCUGGUUCCAGCCCAUAGCUCAGGUGGACGGUGUCUCUGUGUCCUAUGGGCCUAUCACUGGCUCCUCAGACAGCCACACAGUGGAACUGUCAUCUAUCGACACCCAGUACCACCUGGCUGAACUCUACCCAGACACAGAGUACAGUGUGUCUCUCAUGGCCCGCCGAGGGGAAAUGACUAGCGUGCCUGUCUAUGAGACCUUCACUACAGACCUAGAUGCACCUACGAACCUGCGGUCGAUAGAUCAGACAGAUGAAAGCAUCACACUGGAGUGGAGAAACAGCCAAGCCAACGUUCCCAGCUACCGUAUCAAAUAUGGACCACUAUCUGGAGGGGAACAUGGGGAGCUUACCUUUCCUACAGGCCCACAGGACAUCACUCAAGCCAAGAUUUCAGGUCUCAGGCCUGGGAUAGAGUACGGCAUGGGAGUGACUGCAGUCAAAGAUGAGAAGGAAAGUUCUCCUGCCACCACCAAUGCUGUUACCGACCUUGAUGCUCCUAAGGACCUGGAGGUGAGUGAGACCUCAGAAAGCACAAUGGUGCUGAUCUGGAGGCGACCUGUGGCUAAGAUCGAUGUCUACAAGCUCGUGUUCGUGGCCGCUGACGGUCACAGGGCCGAGUUUGAAGUUCCGGACAGUGUCAGCACCUACAUGCUGAGGAACCUGAACCCUGGCAUGCUGUACACCAUCACCCUGACUGCAGAGCGAGGGAGGAAAAAGAGCGUGCCAGUCAGCAUCCAGGCAUCAACAGACAACGAAAAGCCCCUGGUGGGCAACAUCACUAUCUCUGCUGUAUCCUGGGAUGGCUUCAAUAUAUCCUGGGAGCUGAAGAGGGGUGAGCUUGAUGGUUUUCUGAUCGAGUUGGCUGACAUCGAUGGUCUCUCCAAGGGCCAGAACUACACUCUGUCAGGACAGGAGUACAGCUUGGCUAUCACUGAUCUCUCUCCUAGCACUUUUUACAGGGUCACUCUGUACAGCCUGUAUAGGGGAGAUCUCUUAGAGCCAGUGUUUGGGGAGGCUUUCACAGAGGCAGAACCUGAGGUGGAGCAGCUUUUCACCUCCAACAACAAGCCAGACAGUUUUAUGCUGCAGUGGACGGCUCCAGAAGGAAUCUUUGAAAUGUUUAUUAUCAAAAUCUCUGAUGGAUCGGGCAAGCAAAGACAGAUGAGUGUAUCGGGAGACAAGAGAACAGAAGUGAUCUCUGGCCUCGAUGAGGCUACAGAGUAUGAAAUUGAGCUCUUUGGGACAAUUGCAGGACGGAACUUCAAGCCCAUUUCAGUGAAAGCUCUAACAGGUCUGGGCAAACCAAAGGGUAUUCACUUGUCUGAUGUGACCGAUACCUCUGCUGCCGUUCACUGGACUGUACCCCAUUACCGAGUCGACAGCUACCGAAUUACCUAUGUGCCCCUUCAUGCAGGCAGUCCCAUAACAGUCACAGUGGACGGAGGUGAGUCCCAGACUGUUCUGCCCAACCUGAUACCCGGGGUAACCUACCAAGUGAGCGUCAUAUCAGUGAAGGGUCUAGAGGAGAGUGAGCCAGCCUUUGAUACAUUUACAACAGGCCUGGGCAAACCAAAAGGUAUUCGCUUCUCUGAUAUCACCGAUACCUCUGCCGCCGUCCACUGGACUGUCCCCCAUUACCACAUUGACAGUUACCGAGUCACCUACGCACCCAUUCAUGAUGGCAGUCCCCUAACAGUCGCAGUGGGUGGAGGUGAGUCCCAGACUGUGCUGCCCAACUUGACACCUGGAGUGACAUACAGAGUGAGUGUCAUAUCAUUGAAGGGUCUGGAGGAGAGUGAGCCAGCCUCUGAUACCUUUACAACAGGUCUGAGCAAACCAAAGGGUAUUCACUUCUCUGAUGUCACUGAUACCUCUGCCACCGUCCACUGGACUGUCCCCCAUUACCACAUUGACAGCUACAGAGUCACCUACACGCCCAUUCAUGGAGGCAGUCCCCUAAUAGUCACAGUGGGCGGAGGUGAGUCCCAGACUGUGCUGCCCAACCUGACACCCGGGGUGACCUACCAAGUGAGUGUCAUAUCAGUGAAGGGUCUGGAGGAGAGUGAGCCAGCCUCUGAUACAUUUACAACAGGUCUGGGCAAACCAAUGGGUAUUCGCUUCUCUGAUGUUACUGAUACCUCUGCCACCGCCCAUUGGACUAUCCCUCAUUACCACGUCGAUAGUUACAGAGUCAACUAUGUGCCUAUUCAUGGAGGAAAACCUAUGACAGUCACAGUGGGCGGAGGUGAGUCCCAGACUGUGCUGCCAAACCUGACACCCGGGGUAACCUACCGAGUGAGUGUCAUAUCAAUGAAGGGUCUGGAGGAGAGUGAGCCAGCCUCUGAUACAUUUACAACAGGUUUGGGCAAACCAACUGGUAUUCGCUUCUCUGAUGUUACUGAUACCUCUGCUACCGCCCACUGGACUAUCCCUCAUUAUCACGUCGAUAGUUACAGAGUCAACUAUGUGCCUAUUCAUGGAGGAAAACCUAUGACAGUCACAAUGGGCGGAGGUGAGUCCCAGACUGAGCUGCCCAACCUGACACCCGGGGUAACCUACCGAGUGAGUGUCAUAUCAGUGAAGGGUCUGGAGGAGAGUGAGCCAGCCUCUGAUACAUUUACAACAGGUUUGGGCAAACCAACUGGUAUUCGCUUCUCUGAUGUCACUGAUACCUCUGCCACCGCCCAUUGGACUAUCCCUCAUUACCACGUCGAUAGUUACAGAGUCAACUAUGUGCCUAUUCAUGGAGGAAAACCUAUGACAGUCACAGUGGGCGGAGGUGAGUCCCAGACUGUGCUGCCCAACUUGACACCCGGGGUGACCUACCAAGUGAGUGUCAUAUCAGUGAAGGGGCUGGAGGAGAGUGAGCCAGCAUCUGAUACAUUUACAACAGGUCUGGGCAAACCAAUUGGUAUUCGCUUCUCUGAUGUCACUGAUACCUCUGCCACCGCCCACUGGACUAUCCCUCGUUACCGUGUCGAUAGUUACAGAGUCAACUAUGUGCCUAUUCAUGGAGGAAGACCUAUGACAGUCACAGUGGAUGGAGGUGAGUCCCAGACUGUGCUGCCAAACCUGACACCCGGGGUGACCUACCGAGUAAGUGUCAUAUCAGUGAAGGGUCUGGAGGAGAGUGAGCCAGCCUCUGAUACAGUUACAACAGCUUUGGACAGACCUCAUAGUUUGGUGGCGGUCAACAUCACUGAUACCACGGCGCUGUUGCACUGGCAGCCUACCAUUGCCACGGUGGAUGGAUAUGUGAUCACCUACAGCACAGAAUCAAUGCCCCCAAUAACAGAGCGAGUUUCUGGAAACACUGUGGAGUUUGAGAUGAGCUCGCUCUACCCUGGCACUGAGUACACUGUUAAAGUCUAUGCAGUGAGGGAAGCAGCCAAGAGUGCUGCCACAACCACACAGUUUACUACUGAUGUUGAUUCCCCUGAGGACCUGGAAGCCACUAACAUCCAGACAGAGAGUGCCACACUGACAUGGAAAGCACCACGAGCACAAAUCACUGGCUACAUCCUCACCUACGAGUCUGCUGAUGGUAAAGUCCGGGAGGUCGUCCUCAGCCCCACAUCCACUUCAUACACCAUGAAUCAGCUAAGCGCCUCCACUGAAUACACAGUGCACCUGCAGGCCAUCUCGGGCCCCCUGAGGAGCCACAUCAUCUCCACUGUUUUCACCACCAUCGGUGUUCUCUACACACACCCAAAAGACUGCUCCCAGGCUCUGCUGAAUGGAGACACCACCUCAGGCCUUUACACAAUUUAUCUGCGUGGUGAUGAGAGCCAGCCCUUGCAGGUCUACUGUGACAUGACUACAGACGGAGGCGGCUGGAUUGUGUUUGUCAGGAGGCAGAGUGGUAAACUGGACUUCUUCCGUAACUGGAGGAACUACACUGCAGGUUUUGGGGACAUGAACGAUGAAUUCUGGCUUGGUCUCUUGAACCUGCAUAAAAUUACCUCUCUCGGUCAAUACGAGCUGCGAGUGGAUCUCCGAGAUAAGGGCGAGCAUGCAUAUGCUCAGUACGAAAAGUUCUCUGUGUCUGAGCCACGCAGUCGCUAUAAGGUCCACGUGGGAGGCUACAGUGGCACGGCAGGUGAUUCAAUGACAUACCACAAUGGCCGUCCUUUCUCGACUUACGACAACGAUAACGACAUAGCUGUCACCAACUGUGCCCUCUCAUACAAGGGAGCUUUCUGGUAUAAGAACUGCCACCGGGUCAACAUCAUGGGACGAUAUGGGGACAACAGUCACAGCAAAGGUGUGAACUGGUUCCACUGGAAGGGUCACGAGCACUCCAUUGAGUUUGCCGAGAUGAAGAUCAGACCGUCCAACUUCAGAAACUUUGAGGGAAGAAGAAAGCGAUCGUAAAAGAAUCAUUUUUUAAAAAAAAUAAAAAAACGCCCACCUUUCUGCCGUUCUGUCAUUCUGCCCUUACUGCAUCAGUCCAACCUUUUCAGCUACCAAAGCAGAAGCUUAGCCGAGUCUCCCACCUCUCUCUCUACAGCUCUCUUUCUCUUCCUCAUCUCAUAACCCAGUUAUAACUGACAUCUAUGAGUCUAGGCUUACCAGGCUAGAGCUUGCCACUGAUCGCGUGCAGCACCAGACCACAACUUCCUUCACACACAGUCUAUACAUGAAAAGUUUCGAUCUCUUUCUCUCUCACAUACACAAACACACCAAAGCAUACUUGUGGGAGCGGUGACUCUGAAAAGUAAUUCAAGUAUGGUUUGCGUUCCAAGGGUAGAAUGUGUGUGUGUGUGUGUGUGUGUGUGUGCUCUUUUUUAGUGUUUGUGCCUCUUCACUGUUUUAAGCGCCUCACGUUCAAUUGUCAUCCAUCCAGUGAAGUUGAAACCCAUUUUGUGAAAAUUAUCCUCAGUGUGAUGUUAUCCCUGUCCUUCCACCGUCGUUCCAGCUGACCAGACAGGAAGAAUGUUGUCAUGUAGCAUGUUUCACCACACCAUACACAGAUGUCAGUUUUCAGACCUACAGACACUGCUCCGUCAUCGUCCAUGCACAGUGUGGUGUGUUUUCAGUCCGUACAGGAUUUUGCUGGAUUUUGUUUUUGUGAUCAAGCACAAAAAUGCUUGAUUUUGUUGUUGGCUUUUUUUUCCUAAAUUUGCGAUGCAACUUGCAGAGUUUUUGUGCUUUUUUUGCGGAAAACUACUUGAAUUGACGAAAUCGCAAUUGCACGAAAUUUGUCUUUCGCAGUGAUGUUUGUUGGUAAAUGCGACCUUUUAGCUGUACUCAUGUUUGACACAUGUGACUCUAAGCGGGUGUCUUGGCCCGAAUCUGCGGAAAAUCUUGAAAUCUGUGGUAAUUUUGAAAAAUUGCAAGCUUCUCCGAAUAUUGCGGAGUUUGCUUGCAUUCAAUUCUGUGAUCGCAAAAUCCUGGAGGGACUGGGGUUUUUUUUUAAACACCUCUUGCAUGCUACAUUUAAAUGACUGGUGCUGAAUCUCUUCAGUUGAUGACCUGAAGUUCAUUUCACACUGGUGAUUUUGCAGUGGACUGCCACUGGGACACACAACUACGUGCUUCAUUUGAUUUUUAGCAACUGUGUCUGCUCAGAAGUAAAAAGGCGGGACCUAUAUCAGUAUGUCACUGAUGUAAGCAAGUUCACCCAGGCAGAUUAUGAGUAUGAUAAAUAAACGAGAGCCAUAAGAUUAAUGUUGUGCAGCAGAUAAAUACUUAAGAAAGGCCACUUUCAUUUUGUAAUCAACAUUGUACAUUUAUAUAAAAGGUAUUGUACACAAAAUGAAUUAAUAUACAGAGUGAGUCCUCGUGUCCCCCCCCCCACCCCCUUCCUUACCCUGACACCUUUCCUGCUAUAGACUAAACCACUGACCCUAUAAAAUACCUGUGUAAAUUAAAGUCUCUUGUUUGGUAUUUGAAUAUGAUUUGUUUGUUCGUUUGUUUGUUGUUUUUUUUUUAAUUGGGUGAACAACAGGUGUUUCUCUGUAACCCAUAUUACAAUAAAAUGGAUUUUGUUUUUAAAAAAUAGCACUAUGCUGCUGUAGUAAUUAUUUGAUUUUCUUUACUUGUUUUUGUAUAAGGGUGUACUUGCAAAGGCUGCAUACUAAGUUUAAGGCUUGGCUACAGGUGUACGUCCUGCUACCUGUAUAGCAGAUGAUGUAUUCAUGUAAACAAGUACUAUUCAUAUUUCUG